GACGAUCUUUGUUGGCUUUUUUUCCUCUGACGCGGCUGGCUGGUUGGCUGUCACGUAAAACUGGCAUCUCUCCUCCGGGUCGAAAAUCCUUUUUGACGAACAGCGAUGCCUUCCAGAAGUCAAUAUUAACAAGACCGCUGCCCGUUAGCCUGCGUGAACCUCUCUGUCGUCGUUGUGCUGAGUCCGCCGUCAGUCUGGAUGAGAAGAGAUGAGCCUCUGCGAUCCUAGAAGCCGUCAUCAUGAGCAUGAAGAACCUGGGGGACUCCUUGGGCUCUAGCCUGGCCGUGCGGAUGACAGGGGCGGCCGGCGGAUGGAGCGCUCUCUCCUUGAAACCUGUGGCCCCGGUGCGCAUCGGCUCCAUUUUCCAGACCAUGGUUCCCACUGGCUACACCAAGCUUCAGGAUGAUCGAUUAGCCAUGGUGGACCUGGGGGGGAAACCUGAGGCCAGCUCGCUGCAGAAUGGCUACAGACAGGAAGCGUCUCACUUGGAGGCCCGGCGGAUCGUGGAGCGGGCCUCCCGCUCCUCCAUAACUAUGUCAGACUGUGGAGAAGGGGGCUGCGCUGAGACAGAGCCCAUGCUGGCAGAAUGGAGGCUCUCUGGGGACGAUGCCAGCAACGAGGAGGAGGAAGAGGAGGACACGGUGGAGGCGCUGGGGUCAGAGGGGUCCAAUAUGCCCAAAGAGUCGCCGCUGGCCAUGGCUUUGCAGAUACUGGUGCCUUUUCUCCUGGCUGGCUUUGGAACGGUGUCAGCUGGAAUGGUGCUGGAUAUUGUUCAGCACUGGGCGGCCUUCCAGUUCAUCACAGAGAUCUUCAUCCUGGUUCCUGCUCUGCUGGGCCUGAAGGGGAACCUGGAGAUGACUCUGGCCUCCAGGCUGUCCACAGCUGUAAAUGUUGGGAAGAUGGACUCUCCCAUAGAGAAGUGGAACCUAAUCAUCGGCAACCUGGCACUGAAGCAGGUCCAGGCCACGGUGGUGGGGUUCCUGGCAGCUGUAGCAGCCGUUGUGCUCGGUUGGAUCCCAGAGGGGAAGUUUCAGAUGAGCCAUGCUGUUUUGCUCUGCUCAAGCAGUGUGGCCACGGCCUUUAUAGCCUCCCUGCUGCAGGGUAUCCUCAUGGUCGGAGUAAUUGUGGGGUCGAAAAAGACCGGCAUCAACCCGGACAACGUAGCCACACCCAUCGCUGCCAGUUUUGGUGACCUCAUAACUCUGGCCAUCCUGGCCGGGAUAAGCCAAGGCCUCUACAAAUGUCUGGACUCCUAUCCUUAUGUAUCAUCGUUGGUUUGCGCCUUCUUCAUGUGUCUGACUCCUCUGUGGAUCGUCAUUUCCUCCAAGCACCCGGCCAGCCGCACGCUGCUGUACUCUGGAUGGGAGCCAGUCAUCACCGCUAUGGUCAUCAGCAGUAUCGGAGGACUCAUUCUGGAUAAAACGGUGUCUGACCCGAACCUAGCUGGCAUUGUAGUAUACACCCCAGUUAUCAACGGUAUUGGAGGAAACUUGGUGGCCAUCCAGUCCAGCAGGAUUUCUACACACCUGCAUUUCCACUGUGCUCCGGGAGAAGUUCCUGACGAGGCCAAGGGCUGCUACUACCCCUGCCGUACAUUCUGUGGCACAGGAGCAAAUCAUCGCUCAGCUCAGGUUCUGCUGCUUCUGGUGAUCCCCGGCCACUUGAUCUUCCUCUACACCAUCCACCUGAUGAAGAGCGGACACACCACACUCACCCCCAUCUUCAUGUCCGUCUACCUGGCUGCUGCUUUGCUACAGGUUCUGCUGCUGCUGUGCAUAGCAGACUGGAUGGUUCACUCCAUGUGGCGCAGCGGCAAAGACCCCGACAGCUUCUCCAUCCCCUACCUGACGGCUCUGGGGGACCUGCUGGGCACGGCGCUGCUGGCGCUCAGCUUCCACUUCCUGUGGCUCAUCGGAGACCAGGACAGCGACGUGGGGGACUGAGCCGCCCACCACAGCUGGAGCACCCAGCUCCAGCGCCCUCUUGCUCUGAUGGAACCCGGUUCCUUCUCUCACGGCCGCUUCACAUUCUGGAUGGAACUUUGUCCACAAGUUGGGAUACAGACUCACUUCCUCUUCUGCCUUGUUUUCUGACAUGUAAGAAGGCUUCAUACUUUAAAGGCAGAUUUUUGUUGGGUUUUUUGCAGCCAUUCUGAUCUGCAUCUUUUGUACCAAAGUGUUUGAGUUUUAUUUUGCUGGUUUUGUCAAAAGGAGAAUAAAAACAUGGCCUUCUUCUCAUUGAGGAGCUGGAAAUUUUGGAAAUUUUGGGAACUUUUUUCGCACAAGUAAACCCAAAACGAACUCCCCAUGAAAAGCCAAGACCGCAAUGCCCGAAGGAGAGAGAGAACUUUAAAGCAGUGACUGUGGCCGAACCGACUGAAACCGGAACAGCCGGCUGACAUCCUCCAUUCAGUCUGUUUUAACGCACGCACACACACACCCACGCACACACACACUCACACACACACACACACACACACACGCAUACAGCCUUCUGUUCCCACAGGUUCAUUCUGCCUUCAUCACAUGGUUCCUAACAUCAAGGUUUACGAAUGUUUUAAAGAGUCCCUCCUCCGCCUGUUGCUGAGCAACUGCUGGUCAGCUGGCUGAAUUAAUAUUUUUCUCACUUGCAAAAACAGCAGAAUUAUGCAGUUUAAUAUUUCUGCUUACAGAGGAGGAAGGUUAGUGACCCCAAACAUCUUUUUGGUAAUGCAUGGUACUUUUACUAAAGGUUCUCAUGAUGCCUUGUGAAAUAUCACCUCUGCUCAGAAUAAAUAUUUCAUUUAUUAUCACAUUAUUAAUCAUUAGCAUAUGUAGCAGUCAGAAGAAGGAGCUGAUGAAAGAGAAGAAAUAAAAAGCUGUUUGUUGUUAAAUUUCUUUUUAUGCUUUAAAUUCCAUUAAUUAUAUUCUAUAUUUUAUUUUUGUCCAUUUUAUAAACUUUACAGUACCUGUUAUUAAAUUAUGUGUUCUUAUUUUUUGUGUCUAAGCAGGAAGAGGAAAUACUCUAGUUUCUGUGGGGAUGUUUGGAUGCCAGUUCAGACAUCCUUAUUAAUACAAUCUGAGUUCAUUUCACUUGGUUGGUUGGUAUUUUUGAAUAGUGCAGCUACAUAGUUGUACAAAAAGCUCAAAUUUGCUGUAUUUUCAAACUGGAUAUUAUUCUCUAGGGACACACUGAUUAUUUUUUCUUGGCCAAUCACAAUCUUUAAAACAUCUGGCCUUUGAUUCUGAUUUUGGCCUAUAAGUUAUUAUUUUUGUCUGUAAAGUCGCUAAAUAUAGUGACAGCCGCUGCGUGGUGGGUGGGCCUUCAGUCAGCCCUGUGUCACAGCAGAGCAACAUGGACAGUAGCUGAUUUUUAGAUCUGUGCAAAGGUGGAUAAUAUUGGUUUCUCGUGUAUCGACUGAUCUCCCAAAAUAAAGAAAAUCAGUUCCAAUUGA